CAGACCUACUACAAGAAGGUUGAUUAAAUGUUCCCCUUCGGAAGUCAUACGUGACGUCAUAUGUAGGACGGGGAUAAGUCCGUCGGACAAAGAUAUCAAAAGGGUAUCUGCGGCGUCCACAGAACAGAACGAGUGAGUCAGAGAAAGAGUUUAUUCUCACCGGUUUAUUGUACAUGAGCGUGCGUUGUGAAGGAAGAAGAACACGCGGUUUAAUUUUAUGAUAAUGUGUGCAUGUACUUCCAGCGUAAACGUACUAAUAGCAUUUUUGUAUACAAGUAUGGGGAGGUCAGACGGCCGUUUUAAUGUUUAUUUUGUACGUACAUACAUCGUGCACAUAGUUAUUAUUAUUUAUUCGGCCAUCAACAAACAAUGAUUCAAAUGAAUAGCCUAUAGUAUUUUGGGAAAACAAAUAAGCAAAUAUUAAACUGAUAGGGGGACCACAUAGCAGGCAAAUUGCGUCAUCGCAGCCAGCAGGCUGCAGAAAUGUGACUCGUGGUUUGUGCUCAAAAUUGCGGAGAGUGAUCGAUCACUAUUUGAAACAUGAAAGUGAUGAAGCUAGUUUUCGAGGGAGUGGUAAUUCAUCAUGAGAUAAGAUCUCUUGAUCAAACUCGUGCUGCUUUUUAUGGAACUUAUUAAUAAUAGUGUGGAAGGGAUUAGGAAUAUUAGUUGGGAGGGCGAAAGAGAUGAGUUUGUAUUAAAACCUUUAUUUAAAAAAAUUGGAAACAAAUAUUGGGGCUUACACUUUAAAAUAGCCCUGUAUCAAACAGGUAUUUUUGGAAUAUUGUGAUAAAUAGGCAUAUUUUAUCUUUUUAAAACAAGUUUAAUUUUUCGUUUUAUUUGACAGAAAGUGUCUCAUGAAUGAUGGGGAAGGCAGUUUUGUUUUUAUUCGAGCUGAAAAACAAAACGAUGACAUAAAAUACAAUUGUGUCAAUGUGUUGUAAUUUUAAUAUCAAUUUAUUUUCUUUCUCUUUUGAUGCUGCAAUCUUUAGGUGAUGCGAUUUGCUGAAAUAGAUGUUACCCUUAAAGUGGAAGACCUAGUGCUUUUUCAGUAUAAAGUGCUGGACAUCAUAUGCGAGGGGCAGCAUGAAGAACAACAUCCAACGAAGUCAGCUUUCACGGUGAUGAUGCAAGCUCAGAAGGACUGUUCGCAUUUGCCGUCCAAAAAGUCUGCAGCAAAGAUGACAUCGGUUGACAGAUUGCACAAUGCCUGCAUCGAUAUGCUAUCUGAACAAGGAGUUGGGUGGACCAAGGCUGAUGCAUCCGAGCGUGGCACAAAAUUUGUGAAAACCCUGGUUGAUACACUCUGGUACAUUGAUUUCCAUCACGGACAAUUUGCGGAGAGGAACUGCCCCAUACCGAAUAUGUUUCAGAAAUUCCAUGGGUAUUGUGAUCCCAAAGUACUUCACCGGCCUGCACCAAAGAUCAAAUAUGCCGAAUUGAAGUUGCAUAUUGAUACAUGGUGCAACAUACUUCUACAACCAUACCUGAGCGAGAACAGGUGGCAGUUUGUCUCCCAGAGUCUGUCAAGUCUAGUAGAAAGCAUGCAGAAAUACCUCGUGUUUCUGUCCAAACAGGUAGAAAGAAAUGAUGCCCACCAUGUUGCUGAACAGCCUGUGCGAUCCCCAGACAACGAGUUUACAUUCCAAAUUACUGAAGCAUCUAGACAUGUUCCAGUACAGUAUCGCGAUCUUCAAACGGCUCUUUCUGGGGUUGAUGAGUACGUGCCAAUGUCUCUGAUACGGUUUGAGCCUGAGGAUCGUUACGAACGAAGAAAGUGGGUUCUUCAGCUUGCCUUGGAUGUACCUUUUGCCAUGUGGACUUACUACCAGGGAAAUUAUCUUGGUAAUUUGACAUACAUAUGGAGGGUUCCUUUCAAGAAAGAGCAGCGUAUACAAGAGCGCGACAUGGAUCUAAUCGGUCAAAUAAAGCUGCAUAUCCCAAGGUACUCAACAAGGGCAAUGCGAAAAGAAUUCAUCGACAGAUACAUGCAGUCAGCAAAAGUAAAACCAGCCAUCCUCCGAGAUAUGUUCAGGUUCAUCAAGGAGGAUGCAUCAGCCUCUGAAACGUCAAACCAGACAGCAAUAGACCAGCGUGUCCUCAGGUUCAUAGCAGAUAGUGAUGAGCCAGACCUGUUCUAUGACCUGAGGUCCAUGAAUGGAAAUGCGUCGUCGACAAAGUUCGACGUAUUUUGGGAAGAACUAUCAAAGUUCUUGGAUGAAGUCUGUGUUGUCGACGAUCGCAGGCAUGACACCCAACUGUACAUGCCUUUUGCAGUAAGUGUAGCUGAUUUGAGACGGCAGAUUAUGGAGAGGCUACCUGCAGAUGCAAACAUACCAAGUACCAGCUGGAUGAGGUUUCAAUUUUGGCCAUCAAACCCUCACUCUAACGCUGCCGUGAGAUACACGGGCCGCUUUAAUGUGAAGUAUGCCGUUCAGCAGCGUCUCCUCCGGCAAGAACAUCCAGACAGCAAGUAUGCUGGAUUUAACUUCAAGUUACUGAAGGAAUUCGCCGUAAAAUGGAAAGAUCAUGCAGUCUUCCUAUGUCUGGAUGACAAAGCCGUAGUUCCAGUAGGUGAACCUCAUGCACCGGUUUCAACUGGAGUGCGUGCACACGGCAAAUCCCUCACCUCUGCAGACCCAGAACGUGCCACCAAGGCACUUGACCAUGAUUUCCAUGUCUGUGGUCUUGUCCCAUCAGUUACAUUUCAUGCAGAUAUUCCAGAGGGGCCAAGGGACAGCUUCUACAAUGGAGAUGUUUAUGUCAGAAUCAAAAACAAGAUUUUUGAACCAUCAACAGCCCAACGACAUGCAUGUGAAGUUAUUGACUUGUUAAGGGAGCGACACUGCGAGGAUGGUGUAAACCUCGACAAGAGUAUUCUUAUCAACUUCACCGAUGGAGGGCCCGACCAUAGAACAACUAACCCAUCAGUGCAGAUAGCAGCUAUAGCUCUAUUUAUUGCAUUGGAUCUGGACAUGUUCAUACAUGCAAGGACAGCUCCUCAUGGUAGUUAUUUAAAUCCUGCAGAGAGGAUCAUGUCACUACUCAACCUGGCAUUGCAGAAUGUGUCACUAGCAAGAAACGAAAUGGCCGCAGACUACGAAAAAAUAAUGAAGCGUUGUAACGGUCUAAAAUCUACAAGGAAAGAGGCUCACGAUUUGCCUUCAUUUAAGACAGCGUUGCUGGAAUCGACAAGUGAAGUCGUAGAAGUGCUCCAGAAGCGUUUUGGAAGACUUCAAUUCAAAGAGGCCCAAGUGAACGUGAAGAAAGCGCUGAGUGACGAACAAAUUAACACUAUUGCAUUGGAAGAAAUGCUAGGUGUUGUUUCGCAAAAUGCACGCCUAAACUGGUCACGGAAAGAAAUGGAAAAAGACCUAAUGUUCUCCCGUUUCUUUCAGAAGCACUGCAGAAGGAGUCAAUAUGCGUUUCAGGUGAAAAAAUGCAAGCUGGAAGAAGUGGACAGCUGUGCAUAUUGCUACCUCAACCCUCCCAGGAUGUCGGACGAUCUGUAUGGGGACCUGAAAUGGUCGCCAGACCCCGUUCUUGCCCCUGAUAAUGAGCACUUUCUCCCAUUUUCUGUGGUAUAUGGCACCCCUCAAUUGUCCCCUGACGUGGACAUGCCAUCAAGACAAGGGCGUGUCGACGUCACAGAAAAUGACAAGAGCAACAAAUCUCUACUCACAAGAGAGAAAGCAAGAAUGCACGUAUCAUGCAGGGAAUGUGGAAAGCGUCGCCUUGUCUACUCGGCCAAGAAACCUUCGUCCCGGGAGAGAGACGCAAUAAUUGACAUGGAGGACGAGUUGAGUUACCAAUGUGGUAACUCGCUCUUUCCUCCAGGUCAUGAAAAGCACAGCGUACAUGUUUCAAGAGAGUCUAUCACGUGUUCCAGCCAAAUAGAAACGGCAUACUACACUGUUGUUGGACAGUACUUCGGCACAAUCUGUGUAUACUGUGGAGAAACGGACGUUGAUGAAGACGACCACAGGUUGACGGAAGCCGCGCAAAAGUUUGCAUCAGUGCGGCCGAUGUGCCAAAGCUGUCUCGAUAUUGGGAAGCCACUAGUUACUAGGGGAAAAGUGAAGUAAUUAGCUGUUUCGCGCACAGCGGGACCGCUUUUGUUUCUCUGAUUGUUUUUCUUUUUCCACUAGGGAAUGGUGCUAGUAUUAUAAACAAGUGACGUCAGGAAGACGUCAUCGACUGUUGUUAUUGAUUCAGUGAGUAAUUUUGUCAUUUCUUGAAACACAUAUAAGCGAAUAUUCGAUCGUAAUGAAACUAGUUGGGUUGGUAGGAAAUUGUACUAAUAUCCCAAAUGUGAAGUGAUGUCACGAUGACAUCAUCAACUGAUUUGCUAUUGAUUUUUGAAUAAUUAAUUUUGCCAUUUUGUGUCAAACGUAACAUAAAAUGCAAGCUUUGGAACUUUUUGAAACAUACGUGAAACAGCUUAGUGUUUGAUAUUAAUUGUUUUGUGUAGUGGUCCCAGUUUAGAGAUUUACAAUUACGAUGUGUUUCAGUUUUCUGAUUGGUCUACAGGAAAAGGUAGUUUUUUUAAGUCCAAUUAUAAAGAGUUUUUCAUUUUUGUUUGGUGACCUCGUUGUUAAUGCAUAUUCAGCGGUAGUCUGGUUCUAUGAUUGCAGUAUGGGACGCCUAUCAUGCAUUGCAAUAGGAACCAGAUCUUCCAUGUCUGCUAUGUUGAAACAUUAGCGUAAAAUACAAACUAGCGUUGUCUUUGAUUUUGUUUUAUUGUUACACCGACUUUGUUAUUCCUAUAUAUUCUUAUGUGUAUUAUACUCUGAUUUUGCUUUAAACGUCUAAUUUGAGAAAAAUUGGCUAAAGUUGCGUCAAGUUUGAGGUGUUUGGUGCUCGGGUCGCAACAUUUAUUAUGUAGGGGUGAGUAAAGUCGUACCUUUGCACCUUUUGUGUAAAAUGUGUAUUUCUAUUGUUCUAAAGGAGAUGUUUGGAAAGGCGUUGUUAGAAAUAUAUACUUUAGAUAUUCUGAAAUUACGGGUCACGUUCUGUUCAACAGUACAUGUACAGUGAAACUAUACCGCUCCCCCGUAGUGAAUAGUGGUCUAGUCCUCUGACCUGUUUGGUGCAUGCAUGGAAUCGGACAACCUAGCUAGCUAUGCACUGUACUGGGUCACGUCAUGUACGUUCACGAUGCCACAGCACCCGGAACCUACAGUCUACGCGUUUGUUAUGAGCCACGGUUUUUCAUUUAGUUGCUGCCAUUCUUUGUACACAGAGCAUUACAAAACUCAUAAAAUAUACGCCAGUACCAAUUAUUGCACAGGUUUGAAGAAAUAAAGAAAGGAAAGGGCCGUUGGUCACUCCAUGGUCACUAUUUCUUUGAAACCGUGGUUUUGAAAAUGCAGUGACUGUUCAUUCUCGUGCCCGUUUUUGUUUCUUCAUGUCUCUAUGGGCGCCGCCAUGUUGGAUGAUAGGGCGCCCCCAUUUUUUUUUUUUUUUUUUUCAUUUCCCGCUCGCCGCCGGAAAUGGGGACCCAAAAAUUCCGUAAUCCAAGUAAUUAAAAAAAAACGGCCUUAU